CCCACCCGACAAAAGUCGGGUUCAUCGGAUCAAAUUGCAUAACGGGUUGGCUUCACCUAAUACCGAGUUCUCCUCCUGAAACCCUAGCCACCUCUCCGUUCGUCGUCUCCGUUCUUCGUCGCCGUGAGUCGUCACAGUUCGUGGUCGCCGUGGGUCUACACAGCUUGUGGCCGCAGUCCAGAUCUGCCCCACUCUCUCCUACUCCGAUCCAUCACAGGACGUGGGAGUGAAACUGUGUAUUAGCAGUGAGGGCACAUGAAAGGAGGAAGGAAGAAUCUGAAGAGGGCAGCAGAGGAAGAGAAGUUCAAUCUCCAGGAUGGUCAAACCAUCAUGCAAGUGCUAUCUCUUCGAGGUUCUAAUCUCAUUGAGGUAAUGGAUGGGCAAGGCGAGAAAUCACUGGCAUUGUUUCCAGCUAAGUUUCAAAAGAGCAUGUGGAUAAGACGAGGUAGUUUUGUUGUGGUUGACAUAAGAGGAAAGGAAAAGGCUAUUGAAUCAGGUAGCAAGGUGGCAUGCCUUGUGUCCCAAGUUCUCUUUUACGAACAAGUUCGGCCUCUUCAGAAAUCUCCAGAAUGGCCUGAAAUCUUCAAAUCAACACAUUUGGAGGAUUCUAAUGGAAGUUUGUGUGGGCAGACCUCCCAGCAAGAAGAGAAUGAGCUUGAAUCUAGUGAUGAGGAGGGACUUCCCCCAAUAGAGGUCAAUACUAACAGAAUCAAACCCGCUGAACUUCUAUCAGAUGCAGAAUCAGAUUCGGCUUCAGAUAAAGAUUCUUAAGUUAUUAAAUAUAAGACGAGAUGAGCGCAAGCUGGCAUGAACACACAUGGAUAUUUAAAAAAAAGUUAUUAAAUGUGAGACAAAAAGCAUCAUUGUAAGAGUUGAACCUGCAUCACGAAAUAUGAGGAUGGGAAAGGAAAGAUUUUUGCAUUAACAUCCCAAAUUCUUGUACAAUUUGCACGAUGGCAUUUUUGUUUAAUUGAUUAUGUAGUCAAAUGUUGAGACAGCAAUACGGGUCUCAAUAGUUGGUUUGAUGCCACGUCGCCUAUAAUAUGAAAUAUUAUUUAAGUGCAAUUUACAUUUAUCCUUUCAAGCAA